UUCCUCGCCGCAGACGUUCCGCGGCAACCAACUGGACAACCAGGCCCGGUCCGGUUUCACGGCGUCGGCACACUACGGCUCCGUCGAAACCCGCGUCUACCAGCGCCGCGAAGGACUCGCACGUUUCCAUCGGCGCGAUCCACUCGGUGACGCGACCCACCGACUACGACGCUCCUUACCUUCGUCGCAGCCGCCGCUAUUUCCGUCCCUGAUCGUGGACCAGCUGGUACAACGCGUGCCAAUGCCGUCGCGUUGAGAAACGUCAGUGACCCUUGUACGGCGCUCCGAGAACGUCUCUAAUCGGUCGAGGAUCUGAAAACAUGUGAGAGUGCAUCGUGUUAGACUAUUGUAGCGAGGACUUUAAAGGGCCGCGCUUUGUAGGCGACGGCAGAGCCUCCGUGAUUGCGUUCCAGCUGAGAUUUUUUGUACCAUCAGAUGAGCAGUAAACUUGUUCGAGGUAAUUUACGAUGUAAACAUCGCCAGAAAGUCUACGACGAGGGACAGAUCGAAAAUGAAAGUGAGAUAAAGUAUAAAUAUUGACUGGAGUAAUUUCGUGAAAUUGUCCGUCGGAAUGAAACCAAGUGAGACUAUGGUUUAGCCGGUGAUCGAACUCGCGGGAUCGAAAUAAAUAUCAGAAGUGUGAAAUUGUGAAGAGAAAUUUUCCUAGCGGAAGGAUCAUCCUAAAUUGUUAGGUUAUGAUCUCGUUAAUCAACCAUGUACGUUAAAAAGAAGUCGUGAAACGCGGAACAGGUAAUGAUAGAGGUAGAAAUAUGAGGAUGACACCAUCCAUCAGUGCUAAACGGAUCAUUUCCGUAAGAUAGAUCAUUAAAAAUGACAUUAAGUAUAUUGAACGAGAGUUAUGUCUGAUUGAAGGAACGUUUCGGGGAGGAAAGAGGUUAUCAUGAAAACGCGGCCUACGAAAGUUCCGUUGUGAUCGAGAAAACGAAGCUUGUCACUGUGCGAGGUGGGUGUCUUCGGGUAACAAUGUCGAGUGCACUCCCGGAGGCACCAAUGGGUCUGGACUCGUCGGACCCGGAGAUCAGGUCGAACCACCUGAUCUCACGGCUGGAUCAGGACUCGGACGACGCGGAGAAGCGGGAUCAGACGCGGGCAACCGAGUGCAACAACGCGGACAGCGAUUGCGAGAGCGACACGAGCGAGGUGUUGAGCGUUGGCAGCGAACCGACGCCGACCAGCGUGGCUGAGGUGCGGGUAUGCGGCUCCAUGAGGUACGACCAGGAAUCCGCGAGCAGCCGAGGCGAGUUCCGCGACGAGGAGAACACGAGAACGUCGGCGACGCCGUCGCCGUCCAGCUCUGCUAGCUGCAACGAUCUGUAUUAUCAGCGUACGUCCAACAAUCACGUUCCGGCACCAAGCCCACCGGGCUACAGUCAACCACCGUCGUCCCCCACGGCGUCUUCCGUCAGAUCUCCGGCUUCCUCCUCGGCCACCGCCUCGUCCCCAGGUCGGCCGGAAGCUAUACAAGAGGCUAUCGUACCUAGAUACCAAUCCAGUCAUCAGCAACACCUCCUUACCCGAUAUUCCUCUAGGGAACCUGAUAUCUCCGAUUAUACGACGCGAGUCCAGCACGGCCUAGGUCACGAAAUCGUUUAUCCCACUGUAGAGAGGUUACACCGUACACCAAUAAGCGUUCCUCUGGUAACGAGACUCUCGUUGUCACCGCCGUCGGCCAUGACGGUCACCGGGCUCCAAGCGACGACGCCCGUUCUCCAUCCCGCUGCCUGCCGAGAUCCGCGGGAAACUACCUCGUUGAUGCCGCAUCACAGUCAGCAUCUGCAUCACGCCAACGCCCACACGCAUCUGCAUCAGAGCUCGCAGGUGCAGCACGUACCGGCGAAUUCGGUGCACCAGCAUCACCGGCUCUCGGUCAGCAAGCUCCUGCAACGGGACUCCAGCAGCCCGGCGUCGCCCGGCGCCAGGGAGGAGAACGGACGUACCCUGCCCGCCGCGAACGGCGUGCAGAACAGCCUCGGCACCAGCAACAACGGCAGUCAUCAUCACAACAACAAUAACAACAACAAUAACAAUCUGCAGCAUCAGGCGGGCCUGAAGUUCAGCAUAGAUAACAUUUUGAAGGCGGACUUCGGCAGGAGGAUCACGGAUCCUAUCUCGCUGAAGAAAUCCCGGCCUAAGAAAGUGUCCUCGAGGCCGAUCGAUCUGACGAAGGACUUCCUCGAGUCGUCCUCCGACACGUCCGAGAGGAGCAGCUCGGAGACGACGACGACAACGACGACCAACGCCUCCCCCACCAGUGUUUCGGCGGGGAACACAACGUCCAACUCGACUGGAUCAACCGGGACCGAUCCUGGGAAGAUGCUGUGGCCAGCGUGGGUCUACUGCACCAGAUAUUCGGACAGGCCUUCCUCGGGACGAAAACCAUCCCGUGUUCCAGGUCCGCGCACGAGACGAGUGAAGAGGACAGACGGACGCGGCGGCGGCACCCCCGAGGAGAAGCGUCCCAGGACGGCGUUCAGCGGCGAACAGUUGGCGAGAUUGAAGAGGGAAUUCGCGGAGAACCGAUACCUGACGGAGCGACGGAGGCAGCAGCUCUCGAGGGAUUUGGGUCUGAACGAGGCGCAGAUCAAGAUCUGGUUCCAGAACAAGCGGGCGAAAAUCAAGAAGGCCAGCGGCCAGAAAAAUCCGCUGGCGCUUCAGCUGAUGGCGCAGGGGCUCUACAAUCACUCGACGGUGCCGCUUACUAAGGAGGAGGAGGAACAGGCCGCGGAGCUUCAAGCGAAAUGACGGUUGCAAGCUUAAACGCGCGGCAAAGUCUAAUUUUGCAACUUUGAAUUUCGUAUCUGAAUCCAAAGGAGCUGUAAGCGAAGGUCGAAUCGUCCUCUAUCCGAUUUUAAUUCUGUGAGUAAGAAUUUUCUAGAGAAAAGGAUAAAUAGAAUCUCGAAAUACCAGAUUAAUAUAAAAAAAUUCUCGCAAUACGAUCGGAAAACAUUCGAUGUUAGAAUUUCAUAAAAUAAUCCAAUCGUUUUUCGUCUGCAAAAAAAAAAGAAUAAGACCGUUAUUCGUUGAAAAGUAUUUUUAUCUUAUUUUGCUGACUUUGCAAGUCUUCGAAAAUAAAUCGUGAAUCAACCAAAGCGCGGUGUAAAUCUUCAUAUUAUUAAAAAAAAAAGAAAAUUAUAAAUAUAUAGUAUAUAUUACUUUGAAGAGAGUCACAUAUUUAUCAGGUCAAAAAGCUAAUAAAGAAAAAAAGAAACUCGUAGAGCGGACCAAAGUCAACGGUCUGCCAUUUCUCUUCCUUAAAAUGAAAGACUGGAGUAUUUAUUUCUCGCUAGACGUAUUAGUACAACUCGUUAGACAGAGUCAACUUCGAGGAAUUCUUGUCUUGUAAUUAGAGCUUCCGAUAGAACAACAGUUUGGCGAAUGUCGCUUGCCCUCGUUCGAAGUGAUCGCGUGAGCGGGAAAGUUAGUCUUGCCGAGAUGGAUACGCGAAUUACGCGAAAGUUACGGUCGCCGUUUCCUUGCCAUCCGUUUUGAGAAGAGACGAAGUAAACGCCACGACGCACGUUCCUAGAUCGCAGCACACGUACAGUUGAAUCGGAUUUUUUUAGGAAAGGAGCAAUCGAUGAUGCAAGGUGUCUCAGAAAACGAACGAAUUUCCUGAGAUACCCUGUAUAAGAUAUUACUGUGCGAGAAAUGAGAACCAGCUAAUAAUAUUUUGUAUCAUUGGAAGAUAAAGAAACGAUUUUUCCAACGAGAGAUAUUACUAAUGUUACUGAUAAUAUUAUUGGAUAAUCUUCUCUCGCGCAAAAUUGAUCGAGUCGAGGAAAUGAAAUACAUUCGAUUAGCUUCGAUUAUCGUGCGAUGGCAUGCGGCGGUUAAUUCGUCACGAAGGAUAUUAACAAGUGCCAUUUUUUGCAAUUUUUUUUCGGUCUAGAUCGUUUACGCGAAAUCUUGCAGGACCGUCUGGUGAAAAAUCGCGGGAUCGGGCGAGUUAAAGUAAGGAGGAAUCAGACUUUUCGUUAAUUUAUUGUAAAAAUGUAAGAUAUUAUAAUACUGCGAAAAACAAACCUGGAGUGAUUGCAACGUGCAAUAGAAGAUUAUACAUAAUAGAGAAAGAAGUAAAUAGAGACAGAGAUGAAGCUAUGUAUAGGUGUGUUGUAUAUGUAAUUGCGGAGCGACGUGUACAUAAUUUACCACUUAGCGACGGCGUUGUCCCGAUAGACUGUUUAAAAUGUAACUUAGCUAUUUAUUUACAUAUGGUAUAUGAAGCGUAGCGAGAGCGCAUUACGAACGAUCACGCGACAACUGAUACUUGUAAGAUUAUUUAAAUUCGAAUUAAAUAUUCCCAUUAUCAAGCCAA